AUGAUAGGUCCGUCGUCAGGAUCGGGCGAGGGAGUUCCCGAGGACCCCAACCUACGAGCCUGUACGAAGCGACGUGCCUUCGAUGAGCUGGACAUUGAGAGCAUUUGCGAUGAAGUUUGCGGCCAUAAUCACCAUCGUCAGUCGACCAAAAAGUCGCGCUUCUUAGAGGACCUGCAGGACUCGGUGUCGAUUGAACACGAAGGCAAUAUGAUUUACGUGCCUCUGGACGAGCAGCAAUUGCAACGAGAUGACCUGGAUGGGCCGUUGACUAGGCUCGAGGUUCUUGUGGUCGACGGCACUUGGGACGAGGCUUUCGAGAGCUUCGAGACAGCGUCAACAACGGAAUUAACGUCAAUUGAAAACGAAUACAAUUUACAUCAGCACCAGCAGCACGAGACUCAAAAUCUCGAGAACACUUUCCAGGAUUUGUAUUGGAGUCCGAGUCCGAAUUUACAUCAACAAGAUUAUCAACAGGAGGAACAGCAAUUGGUUAUGCCAAAAAUACAGAGCAAUGAAAGUGGAAGAAUGCGCAGCGGCUUAGGACUGUCGCAUACAGUACUUCCAGCAUCGUCCUCCUUCGAGGAUCAGGAGAACGGAAAUCUCUCGUGGCUUUUGGAUUUUAAACUCGAUUCUCUUAUCGAGGCGCCCGAGGAUAAGGCCGCUGUUCUUCUACCGCGAGAUGUUCAAGGAAAUAAAACUAAAUUCAAUGGAAACAAUAAUAGGACAGCGAGCUCGUAUUCGCACGACUCGACAAAAAGGUCGUGUAAUUUUGUGACCCCUGGACUAAGAUACGAAAGUACAUAUUCAUCAUCAUCAUCAUCAUUCAGCCUAAAUGAUAAUCGAAAUCGUUCAGCUGGAUCUAAGAAGCCGCCGUUCACAUACACAGAGUUGAUCGAGCACGCCCUGCAAGAGCGAGGUGAAUUAACAGUUUCGGCUAUAUAUCAGUGGAUUACAGAGCAUUUUCCUUACUACAAAAGCAACGAUGAUCGCUGGAAGAAUUCUGUUCGACAUAAUUUAUCUAUAAAUCCACAUUUUCGCAAAGGAUCGAAGGCACCACAUGGGGCUGGUCAUUUAUGGGCAAUAGCGAGUCAAGAUGAAUCCAAACCACGACAAUUUUUUGAUAUAACCACAAUCAGACAAGCUUUGAAAAACGAAGAAAACAUUUCGGCGAAAACUGAUUCGCGAUUAGUUACGAUGGACGAAGUUGCAGCAGCUACAGCCAGUAUAACUGAAAACGUCGAUGAAGAUGAUAAUGUCGUGGAUUCCAUAACGUUGGAGCAUUGUGCUGAACAAAUUCUGAGUGGUAUUAAGAGAGAAGUUGAAGUGCAAUAUCUUGUACCGAUGAUGGUGUCGAGUAACGGAGAAAUAAUUAAUAAUCAACAGUGCCACCAAAAUGAGCAGUCAGAUCAACAUUGUCCUGUGAAAGAAACAGAUUUUUUAAAUCCCGUAUCCAAAGAAGUUGUAGCCGAGGAAUGCGGCCUGAUCAGCGAAGGCUAUUUAGUAACAGAUUUGAAUCCCUCUUCUUUGAAUCUAAAUGUGGCCGAGUCGGAAAUUGUCACAGCUGAUAAUCUCUUUGGCGAGGAGUUAAGCUUCCAGUUUUAUGAGUUUUCAUCGCCCUCGCAGCUGCAGUCCGCCUGACACUCGAAUCGACCGUCCAAUACUAAAAGCAAACUCCAUGUAAUUUUUAUUGACGAAUCAAAGUUAGAAGAUCCACGAAAUCUGGAAGACAACAUUGUAAACAAAGGUCAAUUAUCGGAAUACUCAUUUCCAGAUCACCGACGCACCUUAGGUUUCGAGUCAGUGAUCGUCAAUUAUGAAGAUUAAUAAGCUCAGUCAUAAUAAUGGAAACAGACAAUUAUGAGGAAAAAACGCAUAAAAUGAUAACGCAUAUCUCUGCUUUUAUGCUCUUUUUCAGUUUUCACGUGACAAAAGGAAAUCAAUAAACAAAAUACAGUGCCUAAGUUGUGCAAACAAA